GUCGUCCUGAGGCAUCACAGGCAUCCUGUCAAAGAAGAGGAACUUUUGCACCACGAGGCAGAUGGGGAGGCAGCUAAUAUUGAAGGUUUUACUGGGUUCGGCUUUCAUGUGGCUGUUGGUGCUGCUGGUAGAUCAACAGCAAGGUCCCGGCGUACCUUCAGUGGCUCUGUGGCCCUCAUCCCAGAAAGCUCCCACUAAAGACCUGCUGGGCCUCUCUUCAAGGAAGUUUGAGUGGCAGGCUCAGACACCACACCCCUUGGACCUGAGAUACCCUUAUCCCUACCCCUUCCUGAUCAACCAUCCUGAGAAGUGUGAAGAUCUCAGAGGUGUGCCCUUCCUGCUCAUGCUGGUGAUGACCCAGGCCCAGGACGUGGGGAUACGCCAUGCCAUCCGGCAAACAUGGGGCAAUGAGACUUUGAUUCCUGGUGUGGUCAUCCACCGCCUCUUUGUUCUUGGCCUACCCCAACCCCUCUUUGCUGAGGAACUUCAGGCCCUCGUGGAGGAGGAGGACAGGGAGCAUGGGGAUCUCCUCCAGGUGGGCUUCCUGGAUACAUACCGCAACUUGACUCUCAAGGUCCUCAUGGGGCUGGAAUGGAUGGCCCAGUACUGUCCCACUGCCCACUAUGUGCUCAAGGUGGAUAGUGAUGUCUUCCUAAACCCCAGCUACCUGGUCCAGCAAGUGUUGCGGCCUAGUGGACCCCUGCGGCCCAACUUCGUCACAGGCCACAUCUACAGAAACACAGGCCCCUUGCGGAGACGGGGUCACAAGUGGUACGUGCCCCGAGAGUUGUAUUCCCAGGACAAGUAUCCAGACUACUGUGGAGGCGCUGGCUAUGUGAUGUCUGGCCCCCUGGCCCUCAGGAUCCUCACUGUAGCUCAGGGAAUCAAAGCCAUCUACUUGGAGGAUGUGUUUGUGGGGUUGUGCCUGAAACAGCUUGGAGUGAAGCCCACACCUCCUCCCCCCAACACCUUCCUGAUGUCCAGGAGGAAGUAUGACCAUUGUGCCUUCCACCAACUUGUCCUGGUUCAUCGCUUCCAGCCCCAACAGUUACUGCAGAUAUGGCCAGACUUCCUGACAGCUAACAUCACCUGCUAAGUGGGACAGUGGAUAGAUCAUGGAUAUGGAAUCAGAAAGAGCUGAGUUCAAAUCUGUCCUCACACUGGGAAGUCAUUUAACUUCUGUUUGCCUCAGUUAUCUCAAUUGAAAAUGAAGACAUAAUAGAACCUAACUCUCUAGGUGGUUGUGAAGAAAAAAAAUGCAGUAAUAUUUGUAAAUCGCUUAGCACAGUGCCUGGCCCAUAAUAGGUGUUUAAAACUUGCUUAUUUCCUUCCUCCUUUCCCAUGGAGUGAGGGUUUAGCAAAGGGGCCCACAUACCCCACCCCCCACCUCAGCACACAUAGCUAGAAAGAGAGUGGUCACUAGUUCAAUCCCACAGGGUUUUCCAAGCUGCCUAAGUUUCUCAAGGCAGCCCUAUUAUAGCCCAGUGAUCUCAUGGAGUUGCUGUCAACUCAGGCCUUUUCCUCCUUCCUUCCCACUUAGAACUCUUCAGAGUUCACUCUUCCAGCAACUCAAUGGGUCUUUCAGCCUGUAUGGGCUCUGAAUUGACCCUCAUUCCUCAAGUACAUUUCCAGGUCUGAAAAGACAGCCUGGUUUAUGGACAAAACACUGGAUUUUGAGUGAAGGGACUUGGCUUAGAGUCCCAGACCAUGGUUGUUUCCCUCUUAGCCUUAGUGGUCUUGUCUACAAAUAAGU